AUGACAGCAGAGUCAGCCGCAUUAGCCCAUACUGUAGUCACUAAGCUGCGAUCACCACCAACUGCUAUGGAUGUGCAGAAUAAUUUAAUGGUUAUCACCCAGAAGUCAGGAGAAAUAAUUACUGUUGCUCCUGAGACACAGGAAAGAAAAGUUCUGGUAAAGGACAGAACAACCACGACUGCCAUUUGCGCAGUAAAUAACAUUCUACUUGUAGGCGCGCGCACCGGAGAGGUCAAAUCUCUAUGCGAAAAGCGCUACAAGCGAAUAUCUAAACGGCACAGAGGACAGAUCAUAUCGAUACAUGCAAUUGAGACAGAGAAUAAUGAAACAGAAAUUAUCACUGCCUCCGCAGACCAUAGAGUGUUUAUAUGGAAGCUGGAUAUAAAUGAAUCUAACGGAGUUAAAACUGUGCAUCUGCUUUUUAUUAAAGCCCUAUACGGUCCAAAAACCCCCAUAAAGUCCACGUCUCUUUCUCCGGACAAGAAGCUGUUUCUGUGUACAUCAGAGCUAACAGAAACUGUGCGGAUAUUUAGGCUAGAAAAGGACACCCAGCUGCUAUUCCACCUUAGCGAGGGCUAUGCACUCUACGGAGCAUUUGUUACUGCGGAAGAGUUCUUGGUUGUCUCCAGCACACAAACAGUGCAUUUAUACAGCAUAAACAAGAGUGAUCCUAUAUGCAGCAUUUGCAUCCCAACAGAAGAGAACAGCCUUGCAGAAGUAUCCUGCUUGAAGCUUGUUUCCCAGAACACAGCUGCUAUUGGGCUGUCAGAUGGAAAAAUUAUUGUGCUUGGCGUUGCAAAGACAUUGGAAAUUUUAAAUACAUAUAAAAUAGAUGGAGUGCCCAACGAUUUCUUGCAAAAAGAAUCCACGCUGUAUGUGGCUGCAGGCAAAGAAGAGAGCCAUUCUAGAUUUUUUGUAGACAAAUCCUUUUCAAACGGAUUCGUUGCUAUUCCAAUGUAA